AUGUGGAUGCUGCAGGUGCCUUUAUCGCCACUUGCAGCGGAAACUCUAAUCAAACUCUUGCCGCUGUCUAUGAUCAUGGUUCACGACAACAUGUCCAACAGCACUGGGAACGGCAAUGCAAACAGACAAUAUGCAAUUAUUGCAAGGCAGAAGGACAUUGGGCACGUGACUGUAGAGAAAAAAAGAACCAUAUGGAAAAUGGGAUUACCGCUGAUUGGCCAAUGCAGAAGCUUCAUUCGGAAGAAAACAGAGGUCGCGAAGCUAAUUGACUGUAAGAAAAUCUGGGGGACAUUUAAGCAGGCCUACGUUGGGAGAGAUCCAUGUGAUGUUCCUCCUGAGGCGUAUGAUCCCCUAUUGAACUCAGUCAAAGAUGAUGCUGCAUGUAAUACCAUGCUGUUCUGGAGCCAGACAAACGCAGUAGUGCAUGCAUUUACUAAAAACAGAGAUUGCCUGGUCACAGUGGAGGAUACACUGCUUGGAUUUAUGUUUAAAGGACUGACUUGGUGCAGCAAAAAUGAAAGCAAAGAAACCUUCACGACAGGUUGUCCUGAUUGGUCAGGUUGUAAAAACAGCCCUAUACAAUCUUUCUGGCUUAAAGCUUCUGCUAAUUUUGCCACGACUGGUUGUGGAAAAGUGUCGGUAAUGUUAAAUGGAUCACUGGACACCCCUUUCAACUCCUCAAGCAUCUUUGCAAGUGUAGAAGUGAAGAAACUUGAUCCAAAUAAAGUGGAGGGUUUGACUAUACUGCUUGUCACCAACAACACAGACUCGACUACAUGCAAAAAUCCAUCAUUUAACAAUCUAAAAAGCAGUUUGAAUGAAAAGAUUGCUUACUACUGCAGAGAAGUUCCUUAUUUCAGAGUUGCAGGCUGCAUUUCUGAUCUGAAGAUUCCAUGCAGUGACUGUCUGUGAAAAUUAUAUCUGUUUCUUAUGCAUUGAAGAUUUCUGAAAUCCAUCAUAAUCACAUAUAAUCUGCAUGUAAGCUGCAAUUUGCUUGAAUUAGA